CGUUAUGUACGUGUAAGGAAGGACAAUUCACCACCAUGCGAUAUAUUUCUAUGCCUCUAUUAGGCACCAACACAAGCGAGUCUCGAUAAAUACCAGACACCAUCCUCCCCGGGUGUCUGCGAUUCCUCCCAUGCGCUCCUUCUUCCGCCAACUCUUCGCCAAAAGAGUGGCACACAAAAUCCAUCCUCCGCAUCCUCCACCGCAGUCUCGCCCAAUCAUGUCCUCAUCAGCCUCAGCACUAAUCUACGGCGCGACCGUCGCCGUGCCUUCAAUAGCAAGCACCAGACCCGACGACGAAAUCACCAAGACGAAGAAAUGGCACGUCAAGAGCGGUGGAUUCGACAACCCAUGGCCAUCAUGGCAUUUUCCUUCCUUCUGGACCAUUAUGAGCGGUAUGCUUGGCCGCAGGUUCAGCGGGCAGGCCAAUAAACCCGACACAACUCCUCCUACAGUGCCAGUACAUCCACCAACGUUCCUACCCUCGCGAACAGCCAGCACAGCGCUGCGAGCGACAUGGCUCGGCCAUGCGUGUUACUACCUCGAGUUUCCCUCCGGUCUACGAGUCCUGUUCGACCCAGUCUUCACGGACCGCUGCUCGCCAUUUUCCUGGCUGGGCCCUAAGCGAUACACCGAAAUGCCCUGCCAGAUCAAAGAUAUUCCGACGAUAGACGCGGUAGUCAUCUCCCACAACCACUACGAUCACCUCUCACACCCAACCAUCAUGGAGAUCCGCAAACUGCACCCCGAAGCCCACUUCUUCGUCCCCCUCGGUAACAAGAAGUGGUUCAAGGCCUGCGGGAUUGAAGAACACUGCACAGAAAUGGACUGGUGGGAUGAGAUCGAUUUUACAUUGACACCCUCUGCCCCUGCGGAAAAGAAGGGUAGCAUUACUUCAACGGACAGUCCGACACCAAAACCAGCAGCCGACACGAUCACAUCACGCAUCUCUUGUCUGCCCUGUCAGCACAUGUCAGCGCGAAGCAUCCACGACCGCUGCGCGACACUCUGGGCCUCGUGGUCCGUAUCUUCAGGUGGCAAGUCCGUCUAUUUUGGUGGUGAUACGGGCUAUCGUUCUGUACCGAAAGAGUCGGACGGUAAGGAUGACUGGGCCGAAGAGUACUCUUCACUCCCGCACUGCCCUGCCUUUGCAGACAUUGGUCGUCUGAGGGGUCCAUUCGACCUCGGUCUCAUCCCCAUUGGUGCGUACAUGCCUAGAUGGAUCAUGAGCCCGAUGCAUUGUGAUCCUCGAGAUGCGGUUGAGGUCUUCAGGGACACCAAGUGCAAGAAAGCUAUGGGCAUCCACUGGGGCACUUGGGUCCUGACGGAAGAAGAUGUCUUGGAACCGCCCAGGCUGCUAAAGAAGGCUCUUGCUCACCACUCCAUACCCGAGACCGGCGUGUUUGACGUUUGUGAUAUUGGCGACAGUCGAGAAUUUUGAGCCUGCAUCUCGGCCAAUCGGUGCUAUUAGAUGGUUGUUAUUAGACAGCAUGAUGUUCGAGGGAGUUCUAGCGGGUUGGGCUAAUCAGGUGAACUUGUACAACAAUGACUCGACGGCCUGAUGGAAGACCAGUCUUGUGCUCAAAAUGAAGCAUCUCAAUUCCAUUGUUGUCUUAACAAGCUCACGAUCAAGAUGCAUCCGACUU